AUGGAACAUAUGUGCCAGCUGGUGGAACUUAUAUACCACCAAACCCUCCAAGAGAAGCACCUGCACCAGGACUACCUAGAACAUUUACAUCGUCACAUGGACACAGACACAGGCAUGCACAACAACCAGCACAACAACCAACAGUUCAAAACCCUGCACAACAACAACAACAACAACAACCAACACAACAACCAACAGUUCAAAACCCUGCACAACAACAACCACAAACAGAGCAAGGACAUAAAAGAAGUAGAGAACAAGGAAACCAAGAAUUCUUAA